UGAAAAUCAAAAAACAAUAUUAUAUUUUGGGAAUCAAUUUUGAAUAACUUCGUGUUUUUCCCCUACGUUGUUUUGAAGCCGGUAAGCGUUUGCGCAGGCGCCGUGAGCCUUUUAGUUCCCUCCCUCUUCUAUUUCUGUAACAAGUUGUCAUUCAUUAAGAGGCUCGAAGUUAGGUUGUAUGUGAAAUUUUUGUUCUGCCGGAUUUUUUUUUUUUUUUAACAAUACCUCUUGUUGCAUUCUGUUGUUCUUGAGUGAUGCUAUAAUUUUCGACUGAUAUUAUUACAGAAUGGCUGCUUCUGGCGAUGCUGGAAAUUCAUCUAAAACCUAUGAUACUGAAAAUCCUCCUCGACCUGGACUGAUUUACUUCCCCUAUCAGUAAUGGUGGAGAGUAUCUCACUGAACAACCGAGAAUUCCCAUCACCACCGCAAACCUCUUCGACUACCACCGAUUCAACCAGAAGAGCUAGUUUCAGUCGGUUGGUGAUUAUGGAUUCUCCACAGCAGGCUUCUGAGGAAGCAGGUCGUUAUCUGGGGGUCUUUGUCGCCCGGCGGGCCGAUAUGUGGCCAAUGGUCACCAUCCCCUUGGAUCCUAUCUUCAUCGGUCACCGGGUCAAAAGGACUAUCAAAGGCAGCAAAACAUUCGUCGCGCCUCUUGGCUCGAGCGUUCUAACGUGUUUUUUCAACUUCUGUAGAUAG